AUGCUCCCAUUGCUAACGGAGUCAGCGAUUCAACGCGAUCUUUUCUCAGACAAUAUUUUAUUGACGAUGAUAGUGCCACUUAUUGCUGAGUAUUUAUAUCAUCUUGAGCAUAAAACUAAUUCACCCUUUGAAUUUUUGGUUAAAAAGUGUACAAGUUUUAAUGACAAACAGCAUCGUCAUGAAUAUUAUGAACGAUAUUCGCAAGUAUUACGUAAAUUUUUAUUCAGUAUUAAUUGUAGUCACUCAAUUGACUGGAUAAGAAAUGCACAAGAUAUUGAAAGUGCUCGAAAACCGGAGGCUUUAGUAAAAGAAAAUGGACGCGUAGGUUUCCUGUUGGCUUCGAAACCAAUUGCAGAACUAUUAGCGAAUGGAUUUGUUGGACCAAUAACAAACAGGCAAGGCUUUCGAGGAUUGAAUAUAGCAUACCAAUGUUUUGUGGCUUCAUUAUGUUCUCUCUCUCAAAUUGUUCUAGCAUUUGCAUUUGUAAGAACAUACAUGUCAAUGUUUUUGGCUCGUUCUGUACAAGGAAUCGGUUCUGCCUGUACCACUUUGGCAGGUCUUGGCAUAUUAGCCCAGAAAUAUCCAGACAAUAAGGAACGAGGCAAGAUAAUGAGUAUUGCUGUAGUUGGCAUUGGUUUUGGCGCUGUUGGUAAGAGUAUUUAUCGUAAUAUGGAGCUACCUCAUUUAAUCCUUGUUCUGUAG